AUGUCAGUUAUUUCAAGUCAAUUAAACAAAUGUUAUUCAUUCCAAUUAUCUGAUAAAAGUACUUGUUCCUUAAGUCUUUCUUCAGAAGAAGAACAAUCUCCUCGUUUUAGUGGUUGUCAAGCUCUUCCAUUACCAAUUUCUUUUUCACAUUCAAAUCAUAAAUUUCAUCAUUCUUUUAAUAAUAGUUAUACCCAACCAUCAUUAUUUAAAGCUGUUUCUCCAUUGAAAAAGAAGAAAUCACAAGAAGAUUCAUUAAGAGAAAUGUUUUUUUCACCAAAAAAUACUCUUUUAUAUUGUUUCUGUGAUUCAUUAUUAAAACAUGAUGUUAAUGUUAGUUAUAUUGGAUGUUUAAUUAACUAUUAUGCAUCUCGUGGAAAGGUGAUUGAAUUAUUAGAAGCUAUAGCUUUCAAAGAGAUUGAUGAAACGUCUUAUUGUAAUGAGUUAUUUAGAGGAAAUACUCCAUUUACAAGAAUUUUUAAUAGUUAUACAUUUAAAUUUUGUGAUGAACUUUUAAAAGAAGAGUUUAAAAUUUAUAGUGACAUUCACAUAAAUCAAACAGAACAUAUUUUAAAAGAAGGAAUUUGGGUAGAUAAAAUGUCAAUAUCUAAAAAUAUUAUUCAUUUAUUAACAAAUUUUGUUAAUAAAUGUCCUUCUUAUAUACCUCCUCAUUUUAAAACAAUAUUAAGAAAAAUAUAUCAUAGAGUGGCUCAAAGUCGUUCAAAAAUUGAAGCUAGAAAUACAUUUUUAACAUUAUUUUUUUUAAGAUAUUGUUUUAGACCAUUCUCAAAAGUCCCUUCUGUACUUAAAAUUCUUCAUGAGGCUGUUCAUCGAUAUUCACAAGAAUCAAAAUAUUCUACUGAUUCUAAUAAUAUUGAACUUCGAACUGCAAUUAAUUCAUUGCUAAGUUAUAUAACUAACACUCCAGAUGAAUCAAGUUAUGGAUUAAUUAAUAGAGCUAUGCAAGAAAUUUCAUUGGAACAGAUGGUUAAUAUUUUUAAAACUGAAAUGGGUACUAUAAGUAAAUUUUAUGAUGGGGACUUUAAUGAAAUAUUUAAUAUUGUUAAAGGAAAAUAUGAUGGAAUUCAUUCUAUUAAUCCAGAAAUGGCAGUUUCUAGACUAAAUACUUGGGAAGAAGAAAAAUUAACUUUAGCAUCUCAAUUGAAUAAUGAACUGAAACAACAGAUUGAAAAACUUAAAAGGUACAAUAAAAUAUUAAAAAAUCGAAUUAAUACUUUAGCUGCUCUUUGUAAUUAA